AUGCCGUCGAAACUUUUCGUUGGAAAUCUCCCGGAUAAUGUAGAUUCAAACAAGUUGAAGCAAAUUUUCCAGCCAUUCUGCAAAGUAACCGAAUGCGACAUCGUGAAAAACUAUGCCUUCGUGGUAAAACUGAUAAUGUCUACUUCGAUUCCCAAUGAUUGCUUUUAGCAUAUCGAAGAAGAUGACGUGGAUCCAAUCAUUACCCGUCUGACUGGCUACACGAUAGAGGGAAAGGUAGUGAAUAUAAAAAAAUCGACAUCGAAACUACGUCCAACGCCCGGAAUGCCGAAUCGAUGCUACCGCUGCCAAUCCGACGAUCACCGCACUCCGCAGUGUCCGCACGAUCCAUCGAAUAAUCAAAAGAGCGAGUACGAUAAUUUCCUUCCCUAAAUCUUCUUUGAAUACUGUUAUUUCUUUCAGAGGCGGUGUCAUAAAGUUCGAUUUGACGGCCGGAGGUCCGCCGGGACUGAAAAGGCCGGCCGGCGAGCCUUUGAUGGACGUGCCGAAGCGAAUGGCUUUUCCGGUGCCAUCUAUGGUUGAGGCUGAGAUCCCGCAGCCAAUGGAUCCGUAAGUUGGGGGAAUUCUUCUCCUGUGUCGUCUUCUGUGUUCCCUCUGUCUGUUGUCUUCGUCUCAUUUCAGGCGCAACAAAUCUUGACCAACAACUUUUUCCAGAGAUCUUCAACAGCUCUACCAGGAGUAUCACAUGUCCCGCCAACGCUACGUCUACUACCGGGACCGCCUGCUCAAAGAGAUGGAAGCGAAACAGAAUGGCUCCACUGCCGGAUACGCUCUUUCCGGGCCCACCCCGGUGCCCGUUUUGCCCGCCGCCGUUUCCGUUGGCGCUACACAGUACUGCCCGAGUUUUUUCUUUUUUUUUUCCGAAAGCACACCGUUAAUCGACCUUUUCAGCAAAAACGCGCGUACCCAUAUAAUACCCUGUUCCAUACGCUUUUACCACAAAUGUUCGAAAAUUUAUCGCCUCGUCCGUCGUUCUGAUCCGUUUUAUACCGUACUGAUAAUCAUCGCUGCUCUCGUUACCGUAUUCGUCGUCGCGCGCGGAAAGACCGUCACCUUUCCGCGCGACCCGUACCGUACUCGUAUUCAUUGAUCUCGAAUCUUCCGUCCGUCGAAAAUAUGUGACUUGUGUCGCCCUCCUCACUUUUCGGGAUUCGCCCCUUGAAAUUGUGAAUCGAUCCGUUUCCAGGCUCUCCGCGGCGCCCGUCUCCUACCAACCGCCCGUUCCGCCCGCCAUCACCCCGUACGCGGCUCCGACUAAUUUGAGAGUGAGUUUCGAUAAUACUCCGAGCAAAUGACUUCAUGCUCCAAUUUUUUCGCAGUGAAUAGAACAUUACGGGCAUCUGAACUUUAUAAAUCAAAAGUUUCACGUGAAAAUGAGAAUAAAGUCUUAAUAAUUAUAAUUUGCAGGCUCCGUAUGCCGUGCAAUCCGCUCCGUACGUCAAUGCGCUCCAUCCUCCACCAGUGGUAUGUUCUGAUCUCUCACUUCUCCACUUCUGUCGUCCUCUCAAUUAUCAUCAUCAAGAUCAAGACCACGUGUCCGUCGUCUCGUGGUCAAAAAUCAAGUCUUGUUCGCCGCCAAAAGUAUCAAUUGAUUUGCAGGCGCCAUAUGGUUCGGUGACGCCGGCCGGACAGCCAACGGGCGUGAUGACCACCCAGCAGUACUUGCAACAAAUGCAACAAAAAUCUGCGACCGGUUCACCGGCUCCAGUACCCGCUCCUGCUCGUAAGUGCAUUCUAUGGGGUUCUGUCCACGAAACUAGCUGUGUUCUAGGUGCUUUCAUGCCAUCGAUUCCCGUCGAAAAGUGGAAAUAG